CUGGCGACUAGUCCAACCGCCAAUUGGAAUUUUGGGCUUAGGUUUCUUGCGGCUGAUUUUCUAGGCUGUGUUGGUGGAGAUGACGAAGCCUUGUCGCUGCGCAAAAUGUUUUCUCAGCGCUGGUCUUUCACAAGCCACCGUCCCUUAGCAGUUGUUCUGCGCCGAAAGUUCGUGCUACCAUACGAGAUCCAGGAACAAAAAUCACCCCGUUCGUUUGCCUCCCUUCUGCCCCCAUCGACUAGUGUCGUUAGUAGCGCCCUACCAGCUGCAAGGCACGAGACUACGGCGGCUGCGGUGCAUCGCAUAUCACGGCAUGGCAUGGAAAACGCGGGUGUCCCGCGUGCCGUGGAGCCGCUGGGCCCGUUGAACACGAAAGGAAAUUCUCUCGCAAGUGGUACUCCGCCAGAAGUCAACCACUUUUGA